CCCAGCCUGGAGCAGAUGCUGGCCUCCAGCCCCGGGAAGACGCCCAUCAGCCUGCUGCAGGAGUAUGGCACGCGCAUAGGGCGCACCCCGGGCUACGACCUGCUGAAGGCCGAGGGCCAGGCCCACCAGCCCAACUUCACCUUCCGCGUCACCGUCGGCGACGUCAGCUGCACCGGACAGGGGCCCAGCAAGAAGGCGGCGAAGCACAAAGCGGCCGAGGUGGCCCUGAAGCUGCUCAAGGGGGGGGACAUGCUGGAGCCCGGCGCCCCCGAGGAGCCCAGCUCUCCUUUCCCCCCAGAGCCCCCCGUGGAGCCCGGCCCUGCGGCCGCCCCCCCGGCCCCCGCCGUGCCCCCCCCCCCUUCGCCCAGGGGCACCCCCCUGGAGGCGAAGGCGCCCGUGCCCCCCCCGCAGUCGGAGUGUAACCCCGUGGGGGCUCUGCAGGAGCUGGUGGUGCAGAAGGGCUGGCGCCUGCCCGAGUACACGGUGACGCAGGAGUCGGGGCCGGCGCACCGCAAGGAGUUCACCAUGACCUGCCGCGUCGAGCGCUUCGUGGAGAUCGGCAGCGGCACCUCCAAGAAGCUGGCGAAGCGCAACGCGGCCGCCAAGAUGCUGGUGCGGAUCCACAACGUCCCCAUGGAGCCGCGGGAGGGCAGCGAGGCCGAGGUGGAGGAGGAUCAGUUCUGCAUGGCGGGCCCCCGGCUGGAGGGGCUGCGGGGCCGCGCGCCCGGCUGCACCUGGGACUCGCUGCGCAACUCGGCGGGCGAGAAGAUCCUGCAGCUGCGGAGCCACCCGCUGGCACCCGUGGGCGCGGGCGCCUGCGCCCUCCUCCAGGAGCUCUCCGAGGAGCAGAGCUUCGCCAUCAGCUACCUCGACAUCGAUGCGUUGAGCCUCAGCGGGCUGCACCAGUGCCUGGUGGAGCUGUCGACGCAGCCGGCCACCGUGUGCCACGGCGCCGCCCCCUCCCGCGACGGCGCCCGCUCGCAGGCCGCCCGCAACGCCCUGCAGUACCUCCGCAUCAUGGCGGGGGGCAAGUGA